GAUUUUCAAAAUGUUGUCUGAUUCUGGGAUACUGAUUGACUCCGCCUAUCAAUCUGGUGGCUUCCUGUGUAGUCUUCUUGCUGUGGUGACAUGCCUUCAACACAGUUCAGACAGUACGCUACCUUAAUGCGAGACAAAAAGCUUCUCUUCUUGCAAUUGUCGAAUGCAGGCUCUCUAGUUUUCGGUUACUGCACUGCGCAACCACGUGAGAUCAGUUGGCAUCGCCGACUCGCUGCAGUUGGUAGUAGUCUCUCCCUUAACCAGAACAAUGCAGACAGCUGUUGGAAUCUUUGGUGGGGAAGACAUUGUGGUGCAGACGCCGGACCUGCACUUAUGGUUGAUGGAGUAGGGAUGGAGAAACAUUAAGCUAUAGCCCGUAGUGGUGCUCCUCCUUUCGUUGCGGUGGAGUGGUGUAGAGAACACAUGGGACUCCAUCCUUGUGACCAGCAUCAGACCAUCACAACUUACAGGAGUCUUUUACGGCUAUUGAUUUCUCAGAUGUUGAAGAGGACGAGGAUGCUCUCUGGAGCCCAACUGAAAGGGAAACUAAGGAGCAAUUAUUUGGACGAACCAAAAAGUUCGUGGAAUGGCUGCUGAAGAGAAAAGAGACGGACAUUGCUGUUGUUUCUCAUAGCAGUUUCCUGAGGCAUUUAAUGGCCACGGUUGGUGAUGGCUGCUCAGCUCAAGUCAAAUCAGAACCACAUAAUUAGUCCUUUCCUGAUUGACAUUCUUCGAUUGAUUCAAUUAUUUUGAUUGAUUGCGUUCUAUCGAUCGUGUUGCUCUUUUCAUUGCUAACGCGUGUUUGAUAUGUUCGACUGCAGUUUUGCCAACUGCGAAAUGCGCUCUGUUGUACUUGUAGAUAGAAGGGCGGUGGGAGUUUAAGGCCGCGACCACACACUUUCAUGGAGCCAUCUCUGCUGGCUCAGAUGCAACAAGUGGGAUUUGCGAGGAUAAUUGAUUAAUGUUGAGAAGGGGCUUUUGUUACGCUUGCUUUCUUCUCUUUUCUGUUUGGCCUGCUUGUAAGCUAGGUCAUUUAUUGUUUAUCCCAAUACUCACCGAUAGUGAAUCUUAAUUUCUCACAUCCAGAUGUUUUCAUACUAUUUUUUCCUUCAUAACUCUUCUAGCCUCGAUGUUAACAACACGUUUGGGGGCAGCCCUGGUCGCCUUUACCAUUUUUCUCUUGAUAAGACCGUUGAGGCGGACAUCUUUGUGUUGGCAGAUGAAUUUCUUGAUAUCUAGCUGUCAAAGUUCUUUCGUGGAAGUAUGGAUAAUUUAUUUCUUACAAUCCACUCAGCAGCAAUUGUAUAUUUGUUAAAAAAAUAAGAUUCA